AUGGAUCAAAGGGCUCUAGUACCUUCCUUUGCUGAUCCUGAAGAGGUGAAGAUCAACAAGGAAGAGAUGGUGGGUUACUUACAGCCCUUGGUGCCGAGAGCCAGCCAGACGGAUUUGUCCCUUACUCAGCCUCAAAAACACUUCCAGUUCAAGAGAAAUGAGAUUUCAAACCCUCAGCAACGGCACAAAGAGCCAGUGGCCGCCACGGCCAAAUACCUGUCCCAGAUCAUUGUGAUGGGCACGCAGAUGGUGGGCAAAGCCCUGCGGCAGGAGUUUGCAGCCAACCAGGUAGCAGCUGACACCUGGGGCUAAGCCGGCCACUAGUCUAUAGCCUUUUCCAGCUUUUUAGCUUUCAGCCUACAGGAGGCACAACAGGUACUCAGUGUCUCCAAGCUGAGCUCUGAGGAGAUCCCAAAGAACUGCGAGCACCUGUUCAAGAUGAAUGGUAAACUGAGUAGCUCCUUCUACCUGCAGUCCAAGCUGGUCUGUGCGAAGGAGCAUCUGGAUGAGGGACUCAAAAUCAAAGUCCAGGUGGAAAAAGAGAGAACGCAGACUCCCAAAACAUGA